AUGGAUCCCAAGCCUCUAUCGAAAGACUCGAUGCGGUCCACGUGGCGCACAGCAGACCGUUCUGAAUGGACUCGCGCGCAUUGGGCCUUGGAGAUACUCAACGUGCACCCUAUUGAAUUGGGCAAGGAGAUCCCUGUGCAUCAAAAGGAUGAAAAAAUCCCGUUCAUGCCCCAGUGGUCACUUCAGCGCUGGGUUCUAUUCUACGCCGCGCUCCCGCUGGUCCUUCAUCAAGCGUUCACUACAUACACGGGCAUCACGCUCGGGCACAUCUAUGGGUUCCUGGACGGCGACAAGCAUGAACGGGAUGGAAUCCCUGACGUCGGCGUUACCAAAGUCGUCGCCUCUUUGUACAAGACCACCGGCUCUCGAUUAGUCUUAGCUACCUACCUUACCUACAACCGCAACGUCCUCCCAUCACAAAUGAACUGGGCCUGGCUACCCCUUGAGAUCGGUCUCUACGGCAUCGUCCUCGACUUCUGGUUCUACUGGUACCACCGAAUUAUGCACGACGUGAGCUUUCUCUGGAAAUUCCACCGCACACACCAUCUCACCAAGCAUCCCAACCCGCUUCUAGCGGCCUACGCCGAUCACGAGCAGGAAUUCUUCGAUAUGGUCGGCGUCCCACUCAUGACCUGGAUCACGCUCCGGACGAUGGGCAUGCCGAUGGGAUUCUACGAGUGGUGGAUCUGUCACCAGUAUGUGGCUUUUGCCGAGGUCUUUGGCCACAGUGGUCUUCGGGUGCACUUGACUGUGCCGUCAACCUUGAGUUGGUUGUUGCAGUGGCUUGAUGCGGAGAUUGUGAUUGAAGAUCAUGACUUACAUCACCGGAAGGGGUGGCGAAAAAGUCAUAACUAUGGGAAGCAGACCCGGCUGUGGGAUAAGAUCUUUGGGACCUGCACCGAGCGAGUCGAGUCGGUGGCUGAUAAUGUGGAUUAUACGAAUGUUGCAAGGAUGCCGCUUUUUUAG